AUGCCACACACAACUGCUCUCAUCGAGGAAGGUCUCGUCCACGGCCAUAUCCACAACUAUGAUAACAUGACUUACAUCCACGGUCAUGUCCACCACCACAACGAAGCUCUCGAGGGGCCAACUGGCAACGUCGAUAUCCAGAACCAGAAUCUGAAAUUGGGGGUGCCGCCACCUGCUAUACCGUCAAGAUCCUCGCAUAUCCAUCAUCCUUGUAACGAAACGAGUAAUCAAUUCAACGAUGAGGAUUGUCAGAAUUUUGCAGAUUGUCAACAUUUUGAAUUCGUUAAUUAUCAUGAUUAUCGAGACGUUAAUAAUCCAUAUCUGAAAGACAACAGUUCCGUGUUUUCCAAUGAGGGAUUGCUUAAUUUGCAAAGGGACAUGCAUUAUAACGAUGAUCUGAUGUUGAUACCGAAGAAACGGAAAUUAAAUGGUCCUACUGCUACAACACUGAAUUCUAAUAAUAACAAUGUGCAUAACGAGGCGGACAAUUGUUACUGUAAUCCUAAAAUCUUGGAGAUAUGCUGCGAGAAGGAUCAUCAUAACGCUGUUAAUAACAACAAUACUGUGAAGCAAGAAACGCCCCUAAUGGAUUCGUUAGAUGAUGAUUUGGUCAUAUAUGCAGAUGUACCGAAUGAACCCUUUGCUAUUCCUGAUUUGAAUGACCCAAUAUCGCUAAAUAAUAGAAUAAAUGAACUGAAUUGUGAUCUAACUUGUCAGCCGAUGAAACAACAGCCGUCAUUAAAUUCAGUGAAAAAGGAACCCAAGGACAAGGAUGAACAUGAUGAUAUUAAUGUUAUGUUGGAUAAUUACUGUAAAAAUUGUUCCAAUGAUUCUCAUACACAUGAAAAUAGAGGACAACAACAAAAGCCAUUAGGAGAAGCUCCAUAUCACGAGCACGUGGUGAAUUCUCAGACGGAUUUAAAGAUCUUGGAGGAUUUAUGUGAUAUAUCUUCGUUAUACGAGGUGCCAUCUGCAAAUCAUAUGAAUCAUCACAAUCAUAAACACCUCAAUAAUGAUAAAGAAUCUUUGCAACAGAAUCAAAAUCAAAGUAUAAAUUUAUUAGAGUCAACUAUCGGACCUGUCCAGAACCAAAAUACAUUACGUUACUCAACACCUACAGAGUUUGAAAAAGAGCAUCACCAUCACCAUAGAAUCCAACUUCAUCCACAUAAGGCGAUUAGAAAUAAUGCUACUUUAAUGAACGACAAUAACAACAGUGUCAAUGUCAAUGGGAACACUUACAGUUAUGAGAGAGUUAAACGUGAAAGACAAGACAAAUUCUAUCAUUAUCCAACUGUGCCAUCAACGUCUGUUUCAACACAUCCUCAAAUCCAAGAUAAUCAAAGGGUUAAUUCUACAACAAACCUAUUACACGAGAAUAAUACAAUUAAUUUUAAUUGGACUUUUAAGAAAGAUGAAAAUGCUAGUUUAAAGUGCAAAUGGGCGUCUUGUACAAAAUCAUUCAAUACACUAUUGGAAUUACAAAAGCAUAUAAUUAAAGACCAUGUUUCUGCACCUCCUACCACUACUACCAAUAAUCCUCAACAACAGUACCAUGGUGGUAAAUUAAUGACAAAUUCAUGUAAUUGGCAAGAUUGUGAUUUCACAAAUGAAAAUAACGAUCUAUGCUCUCUAAUUAAUCAUAUCAAUGAUUCUCAUGGUAUAAACUUUGAUAUUAAGUUCAUGGAUUCAAAGUCUGGAACAAAUAUCCCAUUGACUGAAUCCCCUCCGUCUAUGCCAGUAUCGUCACUCCCCUCAUCUGAUGCUUCCGCAUCCUCGUCGUCCUCAUAUUUGCCUCUACCGUCCACACAUAAUUGUCGUUGGGGUGACUGUUCAGGAAGUUUUAGCUCAGCACAAGAGUUAAAUAUUCACAUGGAAAAUAUGCAUCUACUAAAGGGUCAAUCACAAUACGAAUGUCAUUGGGCUAAUUGUCACAAGAUAUUCAGCCAGCGACAAAGAUUAGUGCGUCACAUGAGAGUCCACUCAGGUUACAAACCCUUCCAAUGUUCCAUUUGCAAGAAACAUUUCUCCAAUGAAGAGACUUUAAAACAACAUGAGAGGACACAUUCAGGAGAAAAACCAUUUAAAUGUGAUAUCUGUGGGAAAAGGUUUGCUAUAUCUAGUUCACUGAAAAUACAUAUUAGAACACAUACCGGUGAGAAGCCAUUGCAUUGUAAGAUUUGUGGGAAGGCAUUUAAUGAAUCAUCCAAUUUGAGCAAGCAUAUGAAGACCCAUUUAAAGAGAUUUAAAUGUGAGAAAUGUGAAGCUUCAUUUAAUACCGUGAGUAAAUUACGUUCUCACCAGAACCACUGUACUCAGUAG